GCCACCGAGCGCGACCGCGACUCUCCGCAGAGCCUGGGGGCAGAUUCGGACGGCCAAUCGGCUUCUUGAGGAGUCCCGUGCCCGCCGGCCCAGGGCCGAGAGACUACAGGAUCCCAGCCUGCCCGGCGAGCGGAUUUGCCCGGGGCUGGCCGAGCGAGCUGGGAGGCGGUAUCACGUGAGGCGGCCCGGCCCACGUGACCCGGCAGCCCGGCCCCCGGCCCACUCGCCAGCUCCGCCUUUAAGCCCGCCACUCGCUGGGUCCCGCAACGCUUGAGAGGUCCUCCCGGCGCUCCCGGCUGCUGGGCCUACAUGGACGGCGCGCGGCCGCGGCUGGCCUCCCAGGGACUUUUAUCCAGGAGUGCGAUGAACCGAAUGAAAAGACAUUUCUUGUCCUGCCUCGGGUAGACUACCUACUCUAUUAUAUUUGAGAUGAACAUCUAGGCACGCUCUGGUCUGCUCUCGAAAAGGCACAGGUUUGAAGGUAGAGGAAGGAUUGGACACGUUGCUGGGGCAAGUGAGCGAUCCAUUUAACCAAAACAGAGAUGUCGGCUUAUUUUUAGGAAUUACUUGAAACCAGAGUCAUGGUGGAUGUAGGAAAGUGGCCAAUCUUCACUCUGCUCUCACCUCAAGAAAUUGCAUCUAUUCGGAAGGCUUGUGUCUUCGGCACCUCAGCCAACGAAGCACUGUAUGUUACUGACAAUGACGAGGUCUUUGUAUUUGGACUGAACUACAGUAACUGUCUAGGAACUGGAGAUAACCAGAGUACACUUGUGCCCAAAAAGCUGGAAGCCUUAUGUGGAAAGAAGAUUAAGAGCCUUAGUUAUGGGAGUGGACCGCAUGUUCUUCUCAGCACCGAAGAUGGAGUUGUUUAUGCCUGGGGCCACAAUGGAUAUAGCCAGCUUGGGAAUGGGACGACCAACCAAGGCAUUGCUCCCAUCCAAGUCUGCACCAACCUCUUGAUCAAGCAAGUGGUUGAAGUAGCUUGUGGCUCACAUCAUUCAAUGGCUCUGGCAGCUGAUGGAGAGGUGUUUGCUUGGGGCUAUAACAACUGUGGCCAGGUGGGAUCAGGAUCUACAGCAAAUCAACCAACUCCUCGCAAAGUUACAAACUGUUUACAUAUUAAGAGGGUGGUUGGCAUUGCCUGCGGUCAGACCUCGUCCAUGGCUGUUCUGGACAAUGGUGAGGUAUACGGCUGGGGCUACAACGGCAAUGGUCAGCUAGGCUUGGGAAACAACGGCAAUCAGCUGACCCCCGUGAGAGUGGCAGCUUUGCACAGCGUUUGUGUGAACCAGAUUGUCUGCGGCUAUGCACAUACUCUAGCACUAACUGAUGAGGGCUUGCUCUAUGCCUGGGGAGCUAACACAUAUGGGCAGCUGGGAACUGGCAAUAAAAAUAACCUGCUAAGCCCAGCACACAUCAUGGUGGAGAAAGAAAGGGUAAUAGAGAUUGCGGCCUGCCACUCUGCCCACACGUCUGCAGCCAAGACGCAGGGAGGGCACGUGUACAUGUGGGGCCAGUGCCGGGGCCAGUCGGUGACCCUGCCUCACCUCACCCACUUCUCCUCCACCGACGACGUGUUCGCCUGCUUCGCCACGCCCGCCGUCACCUGGCGCCUCCUGUCUAUAGAGCAUGAAGACUUUUUAACAGUUGCAGAGUCACUGAAGAAAGAAUUUGACAGUCCGGAAACUGCCGAUCUGAAGUUUCGAAUUGAUGGGAAAUAUAUCCAUGUCCAUAAAGCUGUUUUGAAAAUCAGGUGUGAGCACUUUCGAUCCAUGUUCCAGUCUUACUGGAAUGAGGACAUGAAGGAGGUGAUAGAAAUAGACCAGUUUUCCUACCCAGUGUACCGUGCCUUUCUCCAGUACCUCUACACAGAUACAGUGGAUCUGCCGCCUGAAGAUGCCAUAGGUCUUUUGGAUUUGGCGACAUCGUACUGUGAAAACAGACUGAAGAAACUUUGUCAGCACAUUAUCAAGCGAGGAAUCACCGUGGAGAAUGCCUUUUCAUUGUUCUCUGCCGCGGUCAGAUAUGAUGCAGAGGAUUUAGAAGAAUUCUGCUUUAAGUUUUGCAUCAAUCAUUUGACAGAAGUUACACAGACUGCAGCAUUUUGGCAAAUGGAUGGCCCUCUGCUAAAGGAAUUCAUUGCUAAAGCCAGUAAAUGUGGAGCCUUUAAGAACUGAAGCCCAAGACUGCUGGGUUUUGUGUGAGUGCUCUGGGGCUGCUGGUGAUGGUGUGUCGUUUGUGCUCUAUGGGUGAUGUAAUUCUGCAGGUAAAAGAGCCCAUCAGGUUGAUUUGCUCACAUGGAGAUACAGUUCUCUGUGUAAGGAUACAGGAAGGGUGUACGGCUUUUCCUGAACCCAUUUUAAACAACCCUUAUUUCCAGAUGUGUAUAUUUUAAAUGUGACCUUAACGUUUGGCUGGGACAUUGUACAAGGGUGAAGGUCUAGCUGGUUGUUUGAUUUUUGUUUGGUUUGGUUUUGAUUAGAGGAACUCCUGAAGUUGGAAAGGGGGCUUUGCGGCAAGUCUCCUGGCUUGCAUAUCGACAACCCUUUUGACGCCAGGGGUUGGGAUAGGGUGCCAACUGUGAGAGGUGUAGAGGCCCCACUGGGAAUGACAGAUGCUGACUUGGGGGCUUGUUGAAGGGCUGCAUUAGUUGCUAGUUCAGUAGCUUCACUGUGAAGGAAUAGUUAAGAUUGUCUGAGGCUUUUGUUUGUGUAUUUGCAUUAUUGAUGACUUUUUUAACUUCAAAAUAAUAUUCAGUUUAACAUAAGCCUAUUGAAAUGAUUAUGUGAAGAUGAAUUUCUAGGUUAGUCGGGGUUUCUCUUAAGACUUAAGUACGUAAAGAGUUGUAAUGUAGAACUAUCUGUGAAAACUUGAUAAUGAAAGAAACUUCAUUUGGGUGAAAGUGGAUAUUUUAUAACUCAGAGUCUCCACUACUAACAGCGUUUUCUUAAGGUUAAAUUUGAGAACCCAAAUUUAAAUCCCUCCACCUUUUCUCCUAUAAAUGCUAAUCAUAUAAGAGGAAAAUAGUGAUAUAUUCAAUGUACUCUUGCCUUCCUGAAUUGUGGUUGCUGAAUCAUCAGAUCUGCUACGUCCGACUCAAAUAAGUGGUUCUUAAAACCAAGUUUCUUACAGGACUUAAUAGAAUUUGUUUUUAAUCGAUUUUUAUCUAUGCCAAAUGCUGUCACACAUUUUGCUUAUUUGAAAUGUCACCAGCUUGCACGUUUGAUUUUCCUUUCCUUUUAAUUGUGUUAGGUAACUUUGAAAAAGGAUCUAAAUUAUGAGGGUGUUUUUUUGGUCUGGCUAUGAAAUGUGACUUUGGGAAGUAAGAGUGUUCAACUCUGAGUUUUAUCACGUGUGCCCGUUGAGCUUGCUUCAAGGACAAAGCUUUGUUCUGCUCUCUGGCCCACGGACUCAUUUCCAUUUGUGGGGGCUCCUUUAGUGAACUGUGUCAUGUUUGGAAGGUCCUCCCUCUGAAUUUAGAGACCGAAUCCAUUUUCAGACCCCAAUUAAAAAGAGGGUGAAGAGAUGCUGCAGCUACUGUUUUUAGCAAUGUUUCUAAGUGUAUAUUGGGGGGGUGAGGGCCCAAAGAUGGAAAUUCAUUGAUAGAUGAAAUAAACCCGGAAGUCUCAGCCCCCUUUUCUUUACCAUGUUGCAAGUGAUUGAAGCCCAAUGAGUUAUUAGGUUAGAAUUAGCUCUGCAACAUAAUAGAAUUUUCUUACUAGGUUGAUAAAUGUACAUUAAUUUGAUUAUUAGCUAUGAUGGGUAGUGUUUCUAACAGUCACUGUCUAUAGGCUUAUGAUCUGGACAAAACAAGAACUUCAGUAAGUUUACUAUUGCUCUUACUUGAAAAAAAACUUUAAAAAAGCACAAAUUAACAUAGAUCCAUUUCCAUAGAUAGUUCAUUCACUAAACAAAUAUUUACUGAGUUCCCAAUAGGUGAAGAACCACUUCUCAUAUUAGAUUACUGAGUAAUUUGUAUGACUAUAUUUUCAGUGAAGAGAACAGAAAAAAGUCUCUCAGAAAGUACUUGAGUAUCUUGUGUUGGUUUUUUUUUAAAAAUAGGCUCUCUUAUUUUUCUACUUGGUUUUGUUGUUAAUCAUAGCAGGAGAUGAAAACUAUUCUUUGAAUUGUUUUUUUCAUCUGAUAUAAUAGUGAAAGCCAAAGUAUUGGUAUUUCUUCACAUAGCCCUAAAAUGUACUCUUGAACUUCCUACUGGAACAAGGUUUGAUACGCUAGUUAUAUAGGUUGUAUAUAUGUAAUGUUUAGAGUGACAUAUUAAUAAAUAAAGCAAUCUGUUAAAAUAGG